UUCUAAUUUAUUCUUCUACACAGAAUUCCAUAGAGAAUUUACAUAAAUAACCUCACCUUCUGUCCUCACUCUCACACGCCAAAUUCUUGUUUCUCUCUCUAUCAGACACAGACAUAGAGCUUCAUUUCUAGUACUCUUGAGAAAAAAAAAAUUAGUUUCUUCAAAUUCCAUCAACACCCCACUUGCCCACCUCUCCCCAUUCUUCCUCCACUCCUUCCAUCACACGCAAUUCCAAUUUUCCAUCUCUCUCUCUCAAGAAGCCAUGCCUACAGCGGCGGCGGAAACGGCGGAGCAAAUUCGCCACAGGAAGCCCAGAAAUCCCGACACAGAUCCCAAUUCCAGCCGCCCCAAAACCACCAUAUCCUCAAUCCUCCUCUCCUCCAGCCCCAAUUCCGACGCCGCCUCCAAGAAAAAGAACUUCUCCUCCGCCACAUUCCGCGGCCUCGGCUGCGCCGCCUCGCCGCAGGUCUCAGUCCCCGCGGUCAUAAGGACCUCGGCCAAUUGGGAGGCCAAGAAGCUCAAGAAGAAGAGGCUCAAGACUAAGAAGACCGCCAAUGAUCAGCUUCCCAUUCCCGGAAACCCCACCGCCAUUAAUACGCCGCUGCAAUCCUCAUCGUCUUCGCUCUCGCUCGCGUUGUCUUCUAGCUGCGUGGGCGCACCUGAUGUCUGGUGCGGCGCCGGAAUCGGCCUCAGCACCGACGCUGCCUCCGUCGAUUGCGUCGUUUCGAGGAGGCCCUCGAGAGGGAAGGUUGAUGGUAAUGACAGAAUCAACGCUAUUGCUCCCAGAGAGCGUUCGUACAACGUGAGGAGAAUGGUUACCCCUGAAGACAACCCUUUCCUUGACUCUGAUUCUUCUGUUGGACUAGCUCGUAUUCGUUCUGAUGUUACUGGAUCUAGGCCUCAUCAUCGUCAUGUCAGGCAUGGCUUCCGUGAAGGACUUGGUGAGACUGUAAUGCUCCAAAACAGUCUCUUGAUGGCUGGGAGACCAGACGGGCUCGACCGGUACAGGGACCUCAGACUCGACACAGACAACAUGUCGUACGAGGAGUUACUGGAGCUCGGUGAUAGGAUCGGGUAUGUGAGCACCGGACUGAAAGACGAUGAGAUAGCUCGUUGUUUGGGGACGGCCAAGCUUGCAACUUCGACUGAUUUAUCGUUGCAGUUUGCCUCGGAGAUGGAGAGGAAAUGCAGUAUCUGCCAGGAGGAAUACGAAGCAGAUGACGAGACGGGAAAGCUAUACUGUGGACACUUCUAUCACAUCUACUGCAUAAAGCAGUGGCUCCGGCAGAAGAGUAGCUGCCCGAUUUGCAAAACAUUGGUCGCGUCGCAAACUGAAGAAGAAGCUAAAUAGGUUUGGCCUUUAAAAUCUUGCUGCUGUUGCUGCUUCCGAAUCUCUCUGUAUAGAUUCUGAAAUCUUUGAAAACUGAGGGCAUUCUUUUUUCUUUUUUUCUUCGUUUUUUUCAUGUGGAAAUUUGGUUCCUACAUUUCUAGGAUGCUAAUUUUUUUUUCCUUCCAAUUUUGCUAGUUGGCAAAUUUGGUGUUGAUUGAACUGUAAAAUUCAAAUCACCAUAAUCUAUUCUUUACUUGUUUAUGUACC